CAACACUGCAAAAAUAGGCCCAAGUGAAAAGUCGCAGGAAAAAUGGGAUGCGAAAAUAACUGAGUUGCAGGAGAGAUCGCUACCACAGGAGGCAGGGAAUCAUCAGACGCCACAAGACGCAGUACGGCCGACACUUUGAAGGCCAUCCCGGCAGUUGGAUCAGUCUAUCGCUCCUCGUUCGCGUUUGCAAUUAAAUGGCAAAUGGAAGUGCGACCGAAGCGGCGCCUACGGGCACCCCGCCGCAGAGGAUUCCCCAAGUCGCGCAGCAGGCACUUUUGACCGAGGCGACGGAGUCCUCCAAGGAUUCGACGUCGGCAACGCUGGGCUUGAACGAUCUCGUCGCGGAUGUCUGCCUAAACGGCCGCGGACCGGACUACACCAGCACGCGACCCUCAACGUCCACUGGCGGCGCGGGAUCAGGUGCAGCCUCGUCGUCCUUCUCCUUCAAGCACUUUCUCAGCAGCACGGGCACUGUGACAGCUCCGACCAGCACGGUGACCUCGGCCGCAGUGCAGACAUCUACGGGCGCCCGGCCCAAGGUGCCCCAAUCAGCCUCAGCGUCACACAUGCAGCCGCCGGAUGUGAAUGGUGGCGGUGCGUCCUCCAGGAUGAAGCGCUCUCCGCGCUUUAGCUCCUUCGACUCGCAGGCGAGUCUAGCUGAGUACGCAGCCUGCGGGGGAGGCGACUCUUGUAGCAGUGGCGGAUCUCAGCACCGAUUGAGACCGGAUCUGCGGCUGGGUCACGACGACGUGCAGGAUGCACUUGACAACGACGACGACGACCACGUGGCGCUGGCCCAAGUACGCAACAGCAGUCUUUACGAUUCGUUGCUCACACGGGCGGACAUAUUUCCAUCGGCCGCUUCUAAUCAGCAACAAACUGUUGGUACACGAUACGUACCGCGCUCCUACUCUAACUACGAUAUGCCACCACCCCAUGUGCAGUGUCCCUCGUCCUCGCCGCGCCGACGUCCUUCUGGAAACCGUGAUCAACGCCCCACCCGAUUAGUGUUGUCCGCUGGCCCCAAGAUGAAGCUUGACCUGCCCCUAGAUGCGUGCAAUGCAGUACCUGGUGGAGCUGGCGGCGGCGGUGCUGCAGCCGCGUCCGCAUUGCCAGACUUUGUGCAGGACCACCUGCCUGACGCUUGGAGCGCCGGCCAGGAUCCUCUAGUGAGCUCUCCCCCCAACUCACCUCUGGGAGCGGCUGAGCCGACGAGUGGAGCAGUGGGACUGCUGCCGUCGGCGCUCGCACCUAGGGGUGUUUCAAGUGCAGCCGUCCUCCCCUGUCCCGCCGUCGAACCGGGCGCCGGCUCCACUGUCAAAAUGCUGCCUGACUUCCUGUCCGACGGCCCCAUAAUUCACUCAUCCCAGCGUCUGGCCGACGUCGCUAUAGGGCUGCCCUCCAAUCCCAUUGACUCGCCACCCCAGGAAGCGGCUGCCACGCUGCAAUUGUCGACACUACGGCAGGAAAACGAUCGUCUACAGCGAGAGCUGCAAGAAACUCGCGCGGAACUUAAUGUCCAGACUAGGCGGGCCAGCGAUUUUGAACAGCAGCUGCAGCAGCUCUCCGUGGCCGCGCGGCGACGAGAGGCGGUGGUUGCAACAAAUAACACACAGACCACGCAGAAUCUCAGGCGCCAGUUGGCCCAGUUAGAGGCAGAGCUUAACACGCUAAGAGGCGGCGGCGUCACUGAUUGCGCCGCGGGAGGAGUUCCAGUAGCAACUCCCGGAACAGGCAGUGAAAGCGCUGCUAGUAGCGGGAACAGCUCCACGCGACCGUCCAGAACGCAUCAUUUGUCAAGGGAUCUACUGCGAGCUGCCGACACUGCGGAACAUAACCUGAGGCAACUGCUGACUGGCGUGGAGAAUCUGCGCCAGAUGGCGGCUAACCUGGAGCAGCCGGCACAGUCAACCACAACGCCUCGAAGUCCAGAUCUGUACACCGAUUUUAAAUGAAUUCCCCGAAUAGACUCUUUGGAGAGGACGUUGUUUUUCCGGUUCAGAUCGGUUAUUGUUGAGUGUGUAAUCAUUGUAGCCCAAAACGCCGCCUAGAGCUUGUUUUUUGAUGACCCCGAAAAUAUUUUAUGUUUCUGUAUAAUCUGUUGCAUCGGGUUAAGUAAGGUCGGGAAAGUCCGAAGGGGAUGGGGAUGGGCAAUGUGAGAAUCAAAGCGCAAACUCGUGAUGUUGGUUGAUAAAGCAAAAUAUAUUAUUCAUACUUGAUAAAUCGAUAUAGCAUAUUCGAGGGCUACCUACUAUCAACGGCUAAUGUAAAUGAAACUACAACGUUAAAUGUCUGCCACCCAAAACAAUCUGCGCAUUGAAUCCGGGACAAAGUGCCCCGCGCAGCAAUAAGCAAGGAGCGAUAAAGCGAUAUAUUUUUUGUUAAAAACAAAGGAUUACCUGUGCACUUCAGUAGUUUGUGCUUCAGUACAUAGCAAACAAGAAUUGAAAUAAAUUAUUAUGAGACAA